AACCGCUCGCUGCGCCUUUAGCGACGGCGGCUGCGCCUUCAGCGGCGGGCGGCACCGGGCGGCGGCGUGUCUCGGCCGCGUCUCUCAGCGCCGCAGGCGAGGGGGCGGCGCGGGGCCUCCGCAGAGCUGAUGGGGCGGCGGAGUGCGGGCGCGCCCGGAGCGCCCCGCGAGCGAGCACCUGACGCGGCUAAAAACGGCUUGGCUGCAAGCAGGCAGCCCUGAAAUGGCGAAAGCUCCGCGUCCAGCUGGCCCAUGCCGGUUUGGUGGUGCCCAGUGGCACAUGCAGAGUGUCCUCAGGGACUCCGUGGAGAGCUCCGAUGAUGAAUUCUUCGAUGCACGAGAAGAGAUGGUGGAAGGGAAAAGUGCCAUUCUCAUAGGCAUGAGCCAGUGGAACUCAAAUGACCUUGUUGAACAGAUAGAAACAAUUGGAAAGCUGGAAGAAAAUCAAGGUGAAGAGCCUGCAUUUUGCUCAUCUGGCUUUCUGCAGGAAAAACAACGUGAAUUAUAUAGAGCCUCUUUAAGAAAACAAAGGUUCCCUGCACAAGGUAGUGUUGAAAUACAUGAGGACAAUGAGGAAGGAGUUCAACACCAGAACUGCAAAACUCAUGUGUUAAUUUUGAUCCUACAUGGAGGGAACAUCUUAGACACUGCAGGUGGUGACCACAGCAGCAAGCUGGCAGACAUCAACACCUUCAGUUCUGUGUUUGAGAAGGUCACCCGAGCCCAUUUCCCUGCCUCUUUGGGCCAUAUCUUAAUGAGACUUGUUCCCUGCCCAGCAAUCUGUUCAGCAGCUUUCUCUCUUGUUUCCAACCUAAAUCCCUACAGCUAUGAUGAGAGCUGUCUCAGCAGCAGUGAAGACCACAUCCCACUGGCUGCCUUGCCUUUGCUGGCUGUUUCAUCCCCUCAGUACCAAGAUGCUGUUGCCAUGGUGAUCAGCAGAGCCAAUCAAGUUUACAAUGAGUUUCUCAAAUCUACAGAUGGGGCUGGCUUUAAUGGACAGGUGUGUCUCAUAGGUGACUGCAUUGGAGGAAUUUUGGGCUUUGAUGCCAUCUGCUAUAAUUCUAAUACAGCUGACGAGAGUCGGAACAGUAGCAGGAGAGGAAGCAUCAGCAGCAUCCAGGAUAAUACCCUCUUAACAGAGGACUCCAGUCUGGGUGACAGCAAACACGUGAGCAAAAGCAGUAUUGACAUCUCGGGAAUCAUGGAGGAUGAGGAGCCAAGGCAGCCGUUGCCUCAGAAACAAAGUGACUCCUCCACCUAUGACUGUGAUGCUAUAGCCCAGCAUCAUGCUCUCCUGUCUAGCAUCCACUCAAGUGUGUUGAAAGAUGAUGCAGACCUUCCUCCUGUGGAUUCCAGUCUCUCAGAAGUAAACCUGGGCCGAUUUGAAUUUGAAGUGUCUGAUUUCUUCCUCUUUGGGUCGCCACUUGGUUUGGUGCUGGCCAUGAGGAGCACUGUUCUGCCUGGUCUGGAUGUAUGCCAGGUCCGACCAGCCUGCAGCCAAGUGUACAGUUUCUUUCACUCUGCAGACCCUUCUGCCUGCAGACUUGAACCAUUGCUGGAGAAAAGAUUCCAUCUUCUUCCCCCAUUCAGUGUCCCACGGUACCAGAGAUACCCACUAGGGGAUGGAAGAUCUCACCAAUUAGGUGAUGCUCUCCACAACCACAGUGCUCUGUUCCUUGAGAACAGCUCUUUGAACAUACCCUUCUCUCAGGAGGGUUCUGGAUCUCCAGAUACAUCUGAUCAAUCACAAGGGAAAACAAGAAAGUUGAGCUUGGCCAGCACAAAUAGUGAAAACUCAGGGUCAACAGAAAGCUUGCCAUCCGCGUGCCUCACUAACAUUACUGCAAAGUGGUGGGGAACAAAACGAAUAGAUUAUGCCUUGUAUUGUCCAGAUGUGCUGACAGCCUUUCCAACGGUGGCCCUUCCGCAUCUCUUCCAUGCCAGCUACUGGGAGUCAACAGACGUUGUGGCUUUCAUUCUAAGACAGGUGAUGAGGUACGAAAAUAUAAAUUUCAAAGAAAAUGACAACCUGGAUCCAGAAACACUAAGUCCAUCUAAUCCACGAGAAAAAUGGCUACGCAAAAGGACACAUGUCAAAUUGAGAAAUGUGACUGCUAAUCACCGAGCUAAUGAUGUCAUUGCAGCAGAAGAUGGUCCUCAGGUACUAGUUGGGCGCUUUAUGUAUGGACCUCUGGACAUGGUGGCUUUAACAGGCGAAAAGGUGGAUAUCUUCAUAAUGACUGAGCCGUCUUCGGGUAGGUGGGUGUACUUUGACACAGAGAUAUCCAACAGCAGUGGCCGGAUAUCGUACAACAUACCUGAACAGAAGAGACUGAGAGUUGGUGUGUAUCCCAUCAAAAUGGUGGUCAGAGGGGACCAGAGCAGUGCUGCAAGUUACCUGACGGUGCUUCCCCGAGGAAUGGAAUGUGUUGUGUUCAGCAUUGAUGGUUCAUUUGCAGCAAGUGUUUCAAUUAUGGGAAGUGACCCCAAAGUGAGAGCAGGGGCCGUUGAUGUUGUCAGGCAUUGGCAGGACCUGGGAUAUCUGAUUAUCUAUAUCACUGGCCGUCCAGAUAUGCAAAAACAGCGUGUGGUUUCAUGGUUGUCUCAACACAACUUCCCACAAGGGAUGAUCUUCUUCUCAGAUGGACUGGUUCAUGACCCACUGCGACAAAAGACCAUUUUUCUCCGGAAUCUCAUGCAAGAGUGCCACAUCAAAAUCUGUGCUGCAUAUGGUUCCAUGAAGGAUAUUUCUGUGUACAGUGUCUUGGCUCUGUCACCAUCCCAGAUCUACAUAGUUGGACGACCCACCAAGAAAUACCAGGCACAGUGUCAAUUCCUCAGUGAAGGUUAUGCAGCCCACUUGGCCUCGCUGGAGUUUAGUCUCCAUUCACGACCCAAAAAGAACAACUCUCGGAUGAUCUUGAGAAAAGGUAGCUUCGGCCUCCACUCCCAACCCGAGUUUCUGCGCAAGAGGAACCACCUCCGCAGGACUAUGUCUGUGCAGCAGCCUGACCCACCUUCCUUGAACCCCAAGCCAGAGCGUGCCCAGAGCCAGCCUGAAUCAGACAAGGAUCAUGACAGGCAUUUGCCCUCCAUUGCUUGGGUUCGAGGUGUUCACAAAUUUGAAUCUGUUCCCUAGGAAGACUGGGAAUGUAGAUCUUGGGUGCCCCCCGUUAAACUCGUAGGCAUGCCUCAAAGAUAAUAUUUAGGCUGCUCCAAACUAAGAGAUGUAGAUGGGAACCUGUACCUUGGAGUCUUCCCUGUUCUGAAUCUGCCUUCUUACACCAAUUGGGGAACUUGCAGUUUAGCUCCUCUUGUCAUGUUUAUUGGGAGAUUUUAAAACAACCUAAAACUAGUGCAAGUGGUUACAACAUCAAAGCAACAGGAAAUAUCUUUGAUUAUUUUUUACAACAGAUAUAAUAUGUGCAAUAAGAGGAAAAGCUAAAGCAGGCUGAUUUUGCUCAGAAGAAGGGUUGCGGUAUGAGCUAAUUAUUUAGCUGCAUCCAAAGUAUAAAUGGUAGGUCACAUAGGUUACAGAGAAGGUUUACACUUUAAAUAGUCCUUUCUGUUGCCACUUUUCAAUAAAGUGGCACACUUACAAGGGAAGCAGAGAUCGGAACUACAAUAACGGGUGGUCAGAGUUCGUAUAAAAAGAUGCUUUUUGGGUCCUUUAAGCCCAAGAUUUCCUUUCAGCUUGUGGUGUUGGUAAACAGACCCCAACAUGGGCACUCAUGUUUGUGUGAGGUGGUGGACAAAUAAAUGACAACUUCACUUAUGAACCAGAUUAUGAAAACUUCAUGUUAAAAAUAAGUGUGUUGGCCACAGUUUGAAGCAGUUAGUGUUAAACAAAGUAAUGUGCAACUGUAUGAAGAUCACGUUGUUUUGUGGAAUUUGAUAACUGUGCAGAAAAUGUGUGGACUACUUCAGGAAGGAGAUGGCUUUGCUCAUCUCAGUCCAAGUCAGAUCUUAAGAGGGUAAGCUAAAGGGAACCCUUUCACUAAGGGAUUUGUGAACUUCAGGGGACUUUUUACACUGGAGGAAAAGAAAAGUAAUGAGGUAUAUCGGUAAAUUGUUUACCUUCUUAUGCUUUAUAGCAACUGCUGUGUUAAGACAAUCCAUAGCAUUCAGAAUUACAGCAUUUGAGCUUCAAAGAAUGGACGUGCCAAAUUACAGGUGCCAAACAGACAUUUUUCUACAGAUUUAAAUUUCUCUCUGAUCUCCCAAUGGACUUAGUAGAAGUAAAAUAUGUGACAUUUUCCUUAAGUAGUAAUAUUCUAAAGUGUUGUAGUUAGUUGAACAUAGUAACAGUUUGCAGAUUCUUCAUGCAGACACUUCCACUGAAAUUCAUCAAGAGAACUUUCAUGACUGAACUGAUGCAUGUUUUAAAACCUGCAAUGAAGUUACAAGUGCACAUAAAACCCCCUUUUUCUAAAAGGUAAAACCAGACUAUUAACAUUGAGAAAGCUGGAAGUCAAUAGGACAUUUCUUUUUCAAGUUUGUUUGUUAGUUUUUAAUUUCAGGGAAUUGGAGUGGAGAGGCUGUUGUGCUUCCCCACCCCCUUUUCAAGUCUUGGUAUACCAGAAACAGUCUCAACAAGUCGGUUAAUGAUUUUGAUAGUUGACGGUAAAACAAGUAAGAAAUGCAAUGGAAAACUAUUGAGACACUGCAGAAGUAAACCUAAGUCUAUACUCCCUGUUAACCCUAAAGUUUCAGUGUGCUUUUGGAAGGGCAUAGGAAUGCAGCUUUUGACUUAAAAGGCAGCAAAAUAUCUUAUAAAGGGAGAUCCUUGAUUUACAUUUUCAUACUUUACUUGGCAAGAUUGUCACUUACCUAUUUCAAAUCUCCUGAAAUAUCUCUGGCACAUCAGUAAUUUUUUUGGUGCAAUACGUCCUUUAAGGGAACACAU